CUCAAUAUAAUGUGAUUCAGUUUCGCUAGCGCUAUUACGGGGUGAGAUUUGCAAAGUGUGCCUGAGCAUAUCUCUCUCGGAAAGAAGUGCGUCGCACGUAAGUGCGAAGCGUGAUAUGAAAUAGUGAAUUGAAUCGUGAAUUCAAAUGGACAGGCGAUAUUAGCUGCGCGUCAUGGGAUUGUGAAAGGAGUCGAGAACGUAGCAAGAAGGUGGCAGGAAGUGGGAAAAGGGCCAGGGAUACAACGCUCACGCCCGGUUGUCACGACGCCAUGUUUCCCCGAAGUGGUCUACCGAUGUCGAGUAUCUCUUUAAUGGUACUCUGCUUUCUCGUAGUUAUUGUUGCCGGCCUUGACGAAUCCGCUGUUGAAAAAGUAGAAACCACUGAGUCAAAAAAUGAGAAUCCAGCAGUGUUAGAAAUUACAGCAUCCCAAGAUUUGGAAGGUAUUGAGGCUGGUAGUACACCAUCGCUUAUAUGUAAACUCAAUGUACCCGGUCAAAUAUGGUGGACCAGCAAUGGAAAAAAUCUCACCACUAUUAAAGAUUUUGACUCUGGAGGACGUUUGGAUAUUAAACAGGCUAGUAGAAAUGAUACAGGAGAUUAUACAUGUAUGGCACAAACUGCAGAUGAAGAAUUGUUAAAGAAGGAUGUUCAUAUUAGAGUUAUUGAGCCAGGUAGAAUAGCAACUGGGGAAGACAUUAGGGCAAAAGUAAUGGAAUCAGCUAACUUGACAUGUCUCAUGCAUGGUUAUCCAUUAUCUCAAUUUACUUGGUUAAAAGGGAAUGAUUCAGAAAGUACUGACCAUUGGAAGGAUUUUACCACAGUCACGCAAAUAAAUGAAACUCUCACUGUACUGACUUUAGAAUUUGCAAGUUUAACACGUAAAGAUAAUGGAACGUAUAUUUGCAAAGCACGCGACUAUAGCGGCGAAAUUAGUGAUUAUAGACAUCUCUUCGUGAUUGAUGUACCAAAAGUGAGCAUUGAUUUUAUGAAAGCCGUUGGUGCCGGAAGUAUAUUUUUGAACUGGACUGUGAAUGACGGCAACGAGCCGAUUAAAAAAUAUUUUAUUCAACAUAUGAAAAACGGAACUAACCAAUAUCAAUAUUACUCCGAACAAAUUGGAGGCGGUAAUUCGAGUUAUGUUUUGAAAGGCUUUGAAAGUGGUACAGCGUAUCAAAUUGGAAUUAGUGCUACAAAUACCGUAGGUACAUCACAUGUACGAUUUGAUCCACGUUGGAUUACUACACUUGAAAAAGAUCCUAUAUUUGUGCCAAAAGUUUCUGUUAACGGAGUCACUGAAAAUUCUAUUACAAUAGGAUGGACAGUGCCGCCAUUGGAUUUGAAAGAACACGUUCAUUAUUAUAAUUUAAUGGUUACACAUGGAGAUCAGAAAAGAGAAGCGGUAUACCCAGCGCAGCCAUUUACUGUGUACGCGUUUGUUGAUCUCGAUCCUGCUACAACGUACAAGUUUAAAAUUGCCGCAUGUAGCGAAUACACAAAGGAAUGUGGAAACUGGAGCACUGAAGUGAAUGGUACUACUUUAGACGGUGUGGCUAGCCCUCCUCAAAAUUUAACCGUUAAUUGUCGAUUCGAUAAUAUAAGUAGCUCCAGUUUCAUCUCUAUUACAUGGAUUCAUCCAGAAAAGCCUAAUGGCAUUAUUACUCGUUAUAAUAUACAAUUAACCGGUACUGCUAGAUUUAAAAAUGGUGUGGGCCGUUUAGAUAUUGAUAAUUGGGGACCACAGAAUUGGAGUGUUAAAAAAAAUAGCACACAUUUUAAUCAGAUACCAGCUAAUACGAAUUAUACGGUGCGUGUGAACGGUGUAACUAGAUCCCGUACACCAGGAAAGGACGCUAUUGGUAAUUGUACCACGCCAAUUACCAUACCAGACAGAGAUAGCUUAAACAUGCGUUCGUGGCGAAAAAUCGAGAAUCAGGGUAAACAGUUGUUUCAGUUGUAUCUUCCGCGUAUCACAGAACGAAAUGGUCCUAUAUGUUGUUAUCGAGUUUAUUUAGUAAAACUAGCACCACAGAAAAGUGUCACUGAUUUACCACCACCUGAGGAAAUUAGUGUAUAUUCCUAUCAAUACGCUCAUAAUUCACCUUCUGGCGGUGCUUACGUUGCCGAAACAUUCGAUAGCGAUCAAUUGAUAUCAGACAUUUUUCUUGGCGAUGGCGAAUCAUUCAACAGUAGUAGCAUGUGCAACAAAUGUAUUGGACUUCGGCCAAAAGUUACUCCACCAGUAUUACAUUUUGUUCCCGAAGUUUCAACAACUACUUCAGCAUUUAAUACAACAUCUACCACUGUUACAACGUCAGUAACGUGGACUACAACUCCCGCUCCAACAACAUCGGCUGCUACUACUCAGAAGAUAGAAACAACUAUUGCAACUUUAACAGACAAUAAUCAUACAGAAACUAUAGAAAGAAGGAAAAGAGAAAAUAUAGCUACUCAAAAAACAAAGAGUAAUGAUGGAUCUUCUGAACUACCACUAUUUGCUGUGCAAGAUGGUUUCUUAGACGAAAAUUCGAAUUACACGGGUUUCGUCGAAGUUAUUGUAUUUGGAAAUCAAGAUCAACUUUUACCAGCUUAUAGUAACUAUUUUAAUCCUCUUUAUGGAGGACUAGAUCCCGUGGCUGUGGUGUCAGCGGAAGUAACCACGCUCAGCGUAAUUCUGCAAAUCUCCAUUGCUCUUAUACUAAUCAUUAUUAUUCUUCUCAUUGCUCUUUGUGUAUUGCACAGAUACACAAAGCGUGCUCAACAAAGAGGGGAAGAAAUUAUAACUUUGAGGAACAGUUUCAGGCAUUUAUGUAGGAGUCUUAGGGGAAGACAUCAACUGGUAGCCGCAAGUCCUCCAGAUAUGCCACCCAUUCCUAAAAGUGAACUACUCCAGGCAUAUCUAGAACGACAUCGAGAUUCUGAUUAUGGCUUUCAACACGAAUUCGAACUGCUACCGGACAGAUUCACAGAUCGUACAACAAGAGCUUCGGAGGCACGUGAAAAUUUAUACAAAAAUCGUUAUCCGGAUAUAAAGUGUUACGAUCAAACUAGAGUGAGACUCGCACAGAUGGAUGGAAUUUGUGGAUCUGAUUACAUAAAUGCGAACUUUGUGUUGGGAUAUAAAGAACGUAAGAAGUUCAUAUGCGCUCAAGGUCCAAUGGAAAAUACUGUUUGCGAUUAUUGGAGAAUGAUUUGGGAACAACACCUUGAGUUGAUACUUAUGUUGACGAAUCUUGAAGAAUACUCAAAAACGAAAUGCGCAAAAUACUGGCCAGAUAAAGGUGAAACUAAAAAUUUCGGCGACAUUACCGUUGAACAUGUUCGAGAAAGAGCUUACUCAGACUACGUUGUUCGUGAAUUAAAAAUGACACGAUUAGGAGAACGAGAUGCGCGCACCAUUGUUCAGUAUCAUUUCUUAGUUUGGAAAGACUUUAUGGCACCAGAACAUCCUCACGCAAUACUGAGGUUCAUUAAAAGAGUGAACGAGGCAUAUUCAUUGGAAAAGGGGCCGAUAUUGGUACAUUGUAGUGCAGGUGUCGGACGAACAGGAACAUUAGUCGCGUUAGAUUCUUUGUUGCAACAACUUGCAGAAGAGGGUCAGGUUUCGAUUUUCAAUACAGUAUGUGAUUUAAGACAUCAAAGAAACUUCUUAGUGCAAUCGUUAAAACAGUAUAUUUUCAUUUAUCGCGCAUUAAUGGAAAUGGCACAAUACGGGGAUACGGAAAUUCCAGCAUCUCAGCUUAAAACUACAAUCGCAAGAUUAAGACAAAGAGAUAAUGGUAAAGAAAAAUGUAGAAUGGAGGAGGAGUACGAUAAGAUCAACUCUGUAUUAGAAGAUAGAAAAUCAUUUUCCGUUGGAGGAGGAGAAGAAAACAAAAGCAAGAAUAGAAGCGAAUUAAUAAUACCAUACGACAGAAAUCGAGUAAUUCUUACACCUGUUCCGGGUAGAGAACAUUCGACUUAUAUAAAUGCAUCAUUUAUCGAAGGCUAUGACAAUUCUGAAUCGUUCGUUAUCACUCAAGAUCCACUAGACACUACAAUUGCAGACUUCUGGCGCAUGAUUUCAGAACAAUGUAUUUCCACGAUAGUUAUGUUGUCCGAUUUAAAUGAAGGUCCACGAAAAUGUCCACGCUAUUGGCCUGAUGACGAAGCAACAUAUGACCAUAUAAGAGUUAGAUAUAUACAAAGCGAGAGCUGUCCAUAUUACACGCGUCGUGAGUUCUGUGUUUCCAACACUAAAACCGACGAAAGUGUUGUUGUAACACAAUAUCAAUAUCAUGGAUGGCCAACAGUAGAGGGAGAAGUACCUGAAGUAACUCGUGGUCUCAUUGAACUCGUAAACCAAACGCUUACAAAUGAUACAGAAUCAAGUGGUUCGCUAGUUGUACACUGCAGUUACGGAUCUGAUAGGAGUUCUAUGUUUGUCGCUCUUAGUAUAUUGGUUCAACAACUAAGAACUGAAAAACGCGUAGAUAUAUUCACAACAACAAAGAAAUUACGAUCACAAAGACACGGCAUGAUUAGCACUUUUGCACAAUACGAAUUUCUGCAUCGUGCCAUCGUAAACUAUUCAGAUCUUCAUAAUUUGGCCGACGAUGAACCAGCUUCUUAAUACUACUGAACAUUGGAACGUCUCGAUAAUGUUUGGUAAAUGUGUGCGCAAAGACAAUUCACAUACAAAAAGUGUUUGAAAAUGUAUGAAUGCUCAAAGAAACUGGGCGAACCAAAGAAAUUAUUAAUAUAUUGGUGAAAGAAGUACAUCAUGAAGUUAGACUGAGAUAUACAUGUGCAUAAGUAACUAUCGAUCUUGGAGAGUUUGGAGAAUUUUAUGCACAGACUAUCGAAUUAUGUUAUUAAACAUUUAUUCGUACCACAAGAAAUAAGUAGAAGACAUUUUACAUUAAAACAAACUCACAGGAUUAAACUAAAUACACACAAUUGGUUUGAUACGAUUCAUAAAAUUCAAUAAAAUUAAGCAGUUGUUAAUUAAUCGUUGUACUAAUCGUACAAGAUGCAGUACAGUAAAGACGCUCGUGAUAUCACGCUCUUGACAACGUUGUGGACCUAUCUCAAUAAUUUAUUUUUAUCGAUGAAAUCGGAAAAGAGAAACUCGGAAUAGUGUAUUAAACAUUUUUGUGAUUGGAAAUGGAACAUACGAGAAAAGCAUUAACGCAACAAAGUAAGUGCGUUUUUUAUUAACAAAUACAACUAUUUGGUGGACUAGUGAAAGAAUUAAGCGUAUUUAUAAGACGUACGAAUAUCCUGAAAGGUGAACCAUAUAAUUUAUCAAUCUCUGAUAAUUGAUCGUGUUUUAAUUGUGUAAUACUUAUAAUAUGUUCAAGCACAAUAUAAUUUACAUUUCAAUGCAAAUUAUAAUUCAAAAUAAAGAAUUUUUAAAAAUAUUUAUACAUUUGUAUGUAUAAAUAUUUUAUAUUUUUUAUUCUUUUUCAUACGCGAUCAAAUGUAGAUGGUAUAGCUUAUAUGGUUUAGAGCUGAAUUAAGAACUGGGUUGUAUUCUUCCAAACGUUUUUUGUUGGCAUGCGUUGUUAUUCUAGCAAUGGCAAGGAAAGAUCAAACACUAAUAUGAUCUACCUUACAAUUUACGAAUUAUUAAUGAUACUACGCACGCAAUGUGUGUAAGUUUAUUUGUAACAUACGAUAUAAAGCGUGUGUAUACCCGCUUGCGCUAAUUUUUCUUCUAAAAGAAAGACUGAUCUUUUUAUUCAGUUCGAAAUGCGCAAAGAACAGCACAGCAUGUAAAACUGCCGUGAAUUGUGAAAACACGGGGAGAAGAAUCAUUUUUUUACUUUUUCAUAUACGAGACGAUUAGGGAUAUAUCUGUAUGUGUGGCAUGUCCGCGAAUGUGCUUUGUAAGUCACCGACGAAGUGUUACGCAUAAUUGGAGGGCUUACGCGGCACAAUAGGAGUUAGGUUUUCACUUGAGAAUAUUAAAAGCAUAGGUAGUUCUUGCGCAUCGGAUGAAAAUUUAUUAAUUAAAUUACUCGAAUGAACUAAAAACAAUGACGAAACCUACGAGGUUGCUCCCGACUUACUAAUUGAAAAAUAAAACCGUUGCAACGAUAUUACAUUGAAAUAUGAUAGAAUUUUUGUAUUAAUGACAGGAACUACUUAUAGCUGUUAGUGUUCUAUCUCAUAGUGAAUAAUACUGAAAAUAAAAACAGGUCGAUGAGAUUACUAUGAAUAAAGGGAAAAAGAAAUGGAACCUUUGAAGUAAGAAAAUCAUGAAAUUACUAUCUUCGCACGCUCGUUCUUUUCUAGUCAAGUUUUUAACUCCGGCACGUGCGCUGCUAAGCCAUUCACUUAUGGCAGGGGACAAUCACAUUAAAUUAUUGAUUUAUAUCGCAUCGAUCAGCAAGAUUUAUUUUUCUUUCCUUUCUUUCGUGUCAGUUUCAUUCCAUUCACGUGCUUGCGUAAUGCACGUCCCUAUUCAAUGUACAUGUGUGUAUAACCGACUCACUAACUGAGAAUCAAUUAGUUGCUAGUUCGCUGCGCUUCGAUUAUGUUGUAAUUCAUAGGAAUCUGUAAUUACAGUCGCUAUUACCGCUACUGUUGCUUUAUUGAAUUAACAAACGGUGUGACGUAUUUUUCUUUUUUUCCGUGACGGACUUAUUGUGCAGAGUAUUUACAAAGGAGCAAAGUGUCUAUGAAUUUCCACCAUGUUUUAUUUUUUACAUAACGUAAAUUAUUAAUGAUACUUGUUUUUUUCCGAUGAAUAUUGUAUGUGGCCAAUGUACUACAAAUAAUUUUAUUAGACAACAAUUCUGUCCUUUGUACAUAUUACUUUCAUGUUUAUUUAUCAGUGAUUGGUACUGAUAAAUAAACAUGAUAAAUGGUGGCACUUUUUACACGUGUCUGAAUAUUACAUUUUCAUAAAUUGCAUUAUAAUUUCAUGAGGAUCUGAUAUUUUUGUUGACAAUUCAUACACAAUUCAUAAUUUACAUAGAUUUUUAUACAGUUUUUCUUUUGUAUCUGUCACUACAAAAAGACAAACGGUGGAAAUUCUUAAACAUUUUGUAUAGUAGUUGUAGUCUCGAGUGAUUUUUAAUUGAGAAAUUAUUCAAUAUAGAAAACAUUUUUUUAAAAAGUCAAAUCGACACGCACAAUACGCAUGUAAAGAUAUAAUUUCACGGACUUUUGGUAUUUUUUAAUGUAAAUUUUACGGACACAGCGCCUCACCUAUAAUGAAUGUAUAUCUUUUAAUUUGUAUUACUUUACUAUCAGUGAGAGAAUAAGUAAUGUUCAUAUAUAUAUAUAUAUAUAUAUUAUAUAUAUUAUAUAUAUAUUAUAUCACUUAUUUAUAGGAUAUUUAUAAGAUCUGCGAUACAUAUAAUAAUUAAUUGCGUUUUAUUUUAUUAUUUAAUAAGUUUUGCGCAGACUUAACAAUUGUUUUUAACGUUUAUCGCAUAAAACCGAAACACAUUUUACGUACACGCGAAAAUGCGUAAUUUAGGACAGUAAUAGCGUAACCAUAGUUAAUAUUUGAUAUGACAUAUAAUUACAAAAUUGGGUGACAAUUUUGUAGUUAAUUAUACAUACUGUUCUUAUUACAUAUUUUCAUCUCAUGUGUAAAAAAGGAAAGCAUCGACAUUUUUACAGCCAGUGUAUGAAUUAGAAGCAUUAAAAAUAUUGUUGUAAAUUAA